GGAAGAUUGGAAGCUUCGCUUUUCCUCAAUCGCAAAAAAACAUCGGAGGAAGCCUUCUGGUUCUUCAAGUCUCUCAAUUUAGAGACUUGACCCCAAGUUCCGUCAAUCCUUCUUAAGAUGGCCGAGUUUUACCGGGUAGCGCAAGUCGCCGCUCGAUCAACGCCACUCCUCCGAAGCUCAGCAUCAAUAAUAUCAAACAUAAGGCUGAUAUCCACCUCUCCGAUCCUUCGGUCAGUCGAUAGCAGCGACACCCCUCCUAAGGACCCUGUUCUCUCUCCUAGGUCACCUCUAUCCCGAGCCCGAUUUCAGAACUAUACUUCACCUAAAUGGUCCGAUCCGUUCCGAGAACAGGAAGAAGACGAUGGAAUAAAAAAGCCAGAUAUCUCUGUAUACAAUGACGUUCUCGCACCCGAGAUCGACUUCGAAAUCGGCGAGCUUCACAGAAACAAAAUAGUAGAACCACGACCAGCACCUACCCGCCCCCCAGUACGUCUGGUCCCGCGAACUGGCCGUACUGUUCACGUCACCAAAAAUUCCGAUGUAGCGCGGACGUUCCAGAUUUUAAACAUCCAAGUAUCAGGAAACAGGGUCCGUUAUGACGCACAGAAACAGAGGUUUCACGAGCGGCCGGGUCUGAAGCGAAAGAGGCUCAAGAGUGAAAGGUGGCAGAAGAGGUUCCAAAGGGGAUUCAAGGCUUGCGUAAAAAGGGUGAGCGAGUUGGUGAAACAGGGUUGGUAGAGUCCAGAUCUCGUGUAUAAUUACCCAGGUCGGCUUGAAUCACAUCAUCCACGUCGCCGAUUACAUAUAUGGAUAUGGAUGUCUUAAUUUGUAUAUUAUGCGACGGUACCCUCAAGUUUUUGAGCGUAUCACUAGGACGUGUGGUGCAGCAUCUAACAUCAGUGACGAAGUGACGAAGCUGCCACAGAAUCAGCACCGACCUUGGUUCCGAUCCUAGAUCUAAGUAAACAACUAGGUAAAAGGUUAACAGACUACUUACUACCAACAUCUGAACAAAUAUACGCCAUCAAGUUAGCAGCAUAAACUAUAAUAAAAGGUAUUUCUCCGCCAGGAUAAGAGAAGCGUGAAAUAGGUACCUCUAUGUAUUUAACGCAUUCCUGGGUUUCUCUGUAUUUGACAUGAUGGUUAGGUAAAUAACAAGCCAGGGGAUCUACUAUAGA